UCUUUAAAAAAUUUUAAAGUAAAAAUAAAAAUUGGAUCUUUAAUAAAUUUGUUAUUUUCACUAAAUUAUUGUAAUAAUUUAUUAUUUAUGUGUUAACUAUCUGAAAGAUAUAUUAAUAAAGUAACAUUUUCAAUAUUAACUUACUAAAAUCACACAAUGCAAGGUCUAUUAGCUUUUCUUAAAAACAAACCCGUAUUUUAUAUAAGUUUAGCCGGCACAGUUGUUGGUGUAUCAUGUUUUGUUAAAGAUCAAAUGCAAGGUGGUCAAUUCAAAAAGAAAGUAUCAGCUGAAGGUAAAGUCUGCAUUGUAACCGGUUCCAAUACAGGAAUUGGCAAAGAAACUGCAAAGGAAUUAGCUAAACGAGGAGCUCAUGUUUAUAUGGCUUGUCGUAAUAUUCAAAAAUGUGAAGAGGCACGAGAAGAAAUUGUUCUGGAAACAAAGAAUCGACAUGUUUACUGUCGUGAAUGUGAUUUGGCUUCCCUCCAGUCGAUUCGGCAAUUUGUUGAAGCAUUUAAAAAGGAACAAACCAAAUUGGAUGUUCUGAUUAAUAACGGCGGCGUUAUGCGUUGUCCACGUACUUUAACUAAAGAUGGAUUUGAAAUGCAAUUGGGAGUCAAUCACAUGGGUCAUUUCUUGCUCACAAACUUGCUACUGGAUAUCCUCAAAAAAAGUGCACCCAGUCGCAUUGUUGUUGUAGCUAGUUUGGCACAUACUCGUGGAGAAAUCAACGUUACAGAUCUGAAUAGUGAAAAAUCUUAUGACGAAGGUGAUGCAUAUAGCCAGAGUAAACUAGCAAACGUUCUCUUUGCCAGAGAAUUGGCCAAGAAGUUAGAAGGAACUGGAGUAACUGUGAAUUCUUUACAUCCCGGAGUUGUAGAUACAGAAAUCGUUCGUCAUAUGGGCAUUUUUAAUAAUUUCUUUACAAGUUUGAUAUUCCGACCUCUUUUAUGGCCUUUUGUUAAGACAGUGAAGUCGGGAGCACAAACUAGCAUUUAUGCUGCAUUAGAUCCAGAUUUGGAAAAAGUAUCAGGAUUGUAUUUUAGCGAUUGCGAACCAAAAGAAGUAGCACUUGCUGCUCAAAAUGAUGAUUUGGCUAAAUGGCUUUGGUCAGUAAGUGAAAAGUGGACAAGAAUUAAGGCUUAGAAUGACUUUGUUAAAUAAAACUAAAGUAGAUAUUUUAAUAUUUACAAUGGA